UGGCUACACACAUAUAGUUUAAUGUUUGUUUAUUAUUGUGAGUGAAAGCUGUUUCUGCUAGAAAUUUAAGUGACGGUUUUUGUACGGAGAUGUAUGUUCUGGGAAAGUGUUGUGAAUUUAAAUGAUUAAAGUAACUAGUUUUGUUGAGAAAUUUUGGAAGAAGAUGAGUUAUUACGCUGUUGCGAAGGGCAGAUAUCCUGGAGUUUAUUCUUCGUGGUCAGACUGCAAGAAGCAGGUAGAUCAGUUUCCUGGAGCAAAAUACAGGAAAUUUUCCACUGAAGUUGAAGCAAGAAAUUUUGUAAGCCAGUUUUGCACAAAUUCAUCUCACCCAACAACAAUCAAAAGAGAGAUUCCAAGUAGAGGUCUUUAUACGACUGAUGAGAUAGCUAGUAUAUAUGUAGAGGCUAUUUCAAAUGCUGUGAAACAUCGCGCAGACAGUGGCGCAGCUGCUGACCAACACAAUAAUGAAGAGAAGGCAACAGUGUCAGAUAUUUACAAGCGACUGUCACAACUGGAAGAGAAACAGGAUGAAAUAACAAAAAGAAUACGGGAGGAGCUAGAUGAAUUGAGAGAGAAUUUUCAGGCUCUUGAUUCAAGGCUUUCUAAAAUGGAAUCAAAAAUUUUUGAUAAAUCUGACAUGAAUCAUGUUGUAAUAAAAUCAAGAAUUGAUGAUAUAAAUAAAGUGGAGAAAAUAUUUGAAGAGGAGUUUGGUCUCCUCAGAGAAAAAAUAAUCAAUUUGAAAGCACAGAAAACUGAGUUAGUUCCGAAAGACAAUGGUACUGAAUCUCGUAGGCAACUUCUAAAAGAAAUAUUGUAUGAAGAAACAAAGCCAAAAGUUCUUGGAAACAGGCCCUCUGGUAGCAAAUAUGCUUCAGUCAGCAGUUCCAUUGGAGGAGCAAAACGAAAAUAUAGUACUCAGAGCACAGAGGAUAACUCUGUGAAACAGCCAAAACUAGACUCCAGUGAGGGCCGGAAAGUUGCCAGUGUGUCAUCAUUAAAUUUCAGAGGCAACUUAUCGUCAAAUUCUGCUUUCAUUGUCAACAAUGAAGGCUAUGUGGAAGUCUACACUGACGGAGCUUGUGAAAAGAAUGGAAAAAAAGGCGCUAAAGCAGGCAUUGGCGUGUGGUUUGGUGACAAUCACCCCUUAAAUAUAUCUGAACCUGUUGUUGGGAGACCAACUAAUAACACAGCAGAAAUUCAGGCUGCAACCUAUGCUGUAGAAACAGCAAAAAAAGCUGGAGUCAAAAAAUUACUUGUCCACACAGACUCAAAUUUCUUGAUUAGUUGUAUUACACAAUGGAUAAAAAAAUGGAAGAAAAAUGAUUGGCGUGUACAAGGAGGAGAACCUGUUAAAAACAAAGAUGACCUUAUUGUUUUGGAUAACAAACUGCAAGGCAUUGACGUGAAAUGGAACCAUGUACGAGGACAUUGUGGUCUUCAUGGAAAUGAGAUGGCAGAUCAUCUAGCUCGAGAAGGUGCAAAACGAUAUGUACAAUUUGCAUAUGAUGAAGAUUUUGAUGAUCUCUCACAACUGUAAAUGAUAAUGUACAGAAUUACAUUUUGGAAGCUGCUUAUUACAGCCAUUUUCUUUAUGACAAUGUGAGAAGAAAAAAUGGAUAACAGUUUGAAAUGGAAACAUGAAAUUAUUUGCCGUUAAUGAGAAAUCAUCAUAGAACUGUGUGCUUUGGUUUUUAGCAUGUGACUGAUGAGUUACAGGUAGAGAACAAUGAUAAGUCUUUUGCCAUAAACAUAUUUUUAUAUUUUUAUUUUAUAUGCUGUUAUAUCAUUUUCUGUUUUUCUAUGGCUCACAUUUGUUGUUGUUGUUGCCCAGAAUGUGACAUGCUGAAGAGUCAUGUUAGUGAGUAAGAGGAAGAAUGAGUCUGACAUGUGAGUGAAGGGAAAAAGGCAUAGAUUUUAAUAUUUAUCAGUAAUGGAACUGAUUGUAUGUACACACAUUGUACUUAAACAAGCAUUUUAUUCAUUGUCAGAUACUGUGUUUUACAAUUACUGACUGUAUUGUAUUUAGAAUCUAAAACACAACAUUUGUAUUGAGAAUUACUUUUCAUCGGUUUUUGGCCUGUUACUUUGCAUUGUAAGAUUGAAAAACUCAAGGCACUUUAUUACCUUUUGUUGUAUUUAU